UGCACCGCCAAACUGGAGCGGACCAAGGGGAAGGGGCCGGGAAAAGGGGGAUCGACCCUUCCUGAGCCUCCGCCAUCGCCGGCGUCCCCGGCACGACGCCAAGGAAAACACCGGCAACCCGAUCCCUUCCCCGCCGUGUUUAUCCUGGAGGAGAAGCCGGCGGAGUUUGGGGGCGCUCCCCCCCGCCGCCCCGAGCCGAGCCCCAAUCCCUUUUCCCAACCCCCGAUCCCGUUUCCCAACCCCGGAUCCCGUUCCCUUUCCAUGGCGUUGGUGCUGGGAGCCGUCCUGCUGGCGGCGGGCGCUGCCGGCCCCCCGGGGCUGCCGGCUCCCCGCGACCUGGCCCGUUCCGUGCUGGAGACCCACGGGCAGGACCUACGGCUGCUCAAGCUGCUGGGAGUCACCAGGACGACUUUCGACUGGGGCACCCAUUUCAGCAUCAACUUCACCGCCCGGCAGCCCGCCUGCCCCAAAAAUCCCCCCGAGCGCCGCGGCGCCGGCUGCCGAGCCCGGCCGGGCAGGGUCCAGCGGUGCACGGCCCAGGUCUCCGUCUUCGCCUUCCUGCCCGACGUGCCGCUGUCGAUGGUGGAGUGCGGCCGGGAGCCGCAGCCCGACGGCAGCACCCAGCCCCACGGCCCCGGAGCCCCGCCAGCCUUCGGCGCCAACCCGCGUCGCCCAUCGUCAUCCUCCUCCUCCUCAUCAUCAUCACGGCCACCCCCGCGUCCUCGCCCUCCCCCCGCCGAGGGGACAUCGCGUGGUCCCCUGUCCCCCGUGGGGCUGGAAUAAAGAUCUUUUGGGGGUCGUGCGUGUGCGUGUGUGGGGGGUGGAGGUUGGGGGGCAGCGGGGGCACCCCCGGCGUUGGGCAACGGGGAUGGGGCAAGCGGGAUUGGGCAAACCCGGGGGGCGCCAGCCCCACAUGGGACACGUGUCCCAUGUCACCUCGGUCCCUGUGGGUCCCUGCGCCCCCCCCCAGGAGUGGGGAACGGUCCCCAAAGUCCCCCCAAUCCCCCCCACGCCCAACCAAGGGGCUCCCAGGGCUGGGGACACCCCGGGGAGUGGGGCCGUGUCCCCGCGGGGGACCAGCCGUGCCACCACCCGCACUCAGGACACGCUGAGCACACCUCACCCCGUGUGUCCCCCCCCCCAAAAUAACUGCCACUCUGUGGGUUGGGGCCAGGCGUUUCCGGAGAGGGGGGAGCCGAGCUCCCAGGGUGGGGGUUCCCCAACUUCCCUGGGGUGGGGGGUGGAUAAAAGGGGACGCGGGUGGGUGGCCCCGGGGACAAGGAUGCUGAGCCGCUGGGCGCUGGUGCUGGCCGUGCUGGGGGGGGCCUGCGCCCUCCCCGCCCCGGCCCCCCUCGCCUACACCCAGGCGCUGACUCAGGCCGUCGACUCCUACAACCAGCGCCCCGAGGUGCAGAACGCCUUCAGGCUGCUCAGCGCCGACCCCGAGCCCGCCCCGGACAUCCAGCUCAAGUCCCUGCAGCGCCUCAACUUCACCAUCAUGGAGACGCAAUGCCCCGGGCACUCGGACGCCCGCUCCGACGCCUGCGAGUUCAAGGACGAUGGGGUCAUCAAGGACUGUUGGGCGCCCGUGCCCCAGGCUGGCGGCCGCCCCGCGCUCGACGUCACCUGCGUGGAUUCCCAAGCGGACCCCGUCCGCGUCAAGCGCUUCUGGCCGCUCCUGAAGAUGGCAUUCCGGACGGUGAGGACCGGCAUCCGCCUCUUCAACAGCUUCAGGAGGGGAUGAGACACCCCCCCCGCCCCCCCCCUCCCCUCGAGGGGCCACCAUCUCCAUGACACCCCCCCCCCUCCCCUUGACACCCCCCUCCCCAAAUAAAGCUGCUUCU